AUGUCUGCUAUUUAUGUUACUAUGUGUUUUUCGCGGCCUGGAUUCGAACCCCGUCCUUCCGCAUGCGGGGCGAACGCUUUAACUUCUAGACAACCGCGGCAGUUUACUCCCAUAUGGAAAUGGCCUUCUAGACUAGACAACUCAACCGCUCACGACUGCUGUCCUGUUCUGAAUGCCUCAAGUGUCAUCCUCUCCGAAGAAGAGACCUCACUCCUAUCUAAAGGUCUCAAUUUCUGUCCCACCCCACGAGAGGUAAAUGAUCAGACUGUGAGAGAGGAUACUCGGGAAUUCUUCCGAAGAUUAAGACUCAAGGAGCAUUUUUCCCGCAAAACUUCAGAUGAUAGUAAUUUCACUGAAGUCACCCUGGACAAUCUAGAGAGUCAUCCACUCUAUAGACCCAAAAGCAACUGGGAACCACAACCGGGCAAGUGCGGAGCUCUAGAGUCUUAUAUCGAAGCAGUCGAGCAAGACAUUGAGAAAGUUCUCAGCCAAACAGAGAUCGUCCCCGACAAUCUAAGUAAGGAAGAAAGAUCAGCCUUACAGACACUCAAGAACAGGGACGAUAUUGUCAUAAAAAAGGCAGACAAGGGAUCAACAGUAGUGGUCUUAGACAAGGAGAUGUAUUUGGCAGAAGCUCACAAACAGCUCUCAGACGAGCGAUUUUACAAAAAAUUGGAGUCUGACCCUACUAAGAAGUUUUCAGCCACAAUUACCACAACCCUCAAAGAUAUGUACAAGAAUGAGGAGAUAGGUGUAAACGUCUUUGAAACACUUCGGCCCAUGGACUGUAGACCCGAACAACUAUACUUACUGCCUAAAAUUCACAAAGAAGGCAUGCCAGGCCGUCCCAUAGUAAGUGCCAUCGGACAUCCCACGGAGAAAAUCUCUGAAUUUCUAGAUUUGCAUCUCCGUCCACAUGUAGAAAAACUGCAAUCUUCUCUGAAGGACACAACAGACUACAUUAACAAAACUCCCUCUUCAAACCUUCCUGACAAUACCCUUCUCGUGACGAUGGACGUUACAUCACUUUACACCAACAUUCCGCACGAUGAAGGAAUUGAAGCUUGCAGGGAAGUCUGGGAAAAUAGGACCAUCAAAUGUCCGUCCACUGAAUCUUUGAUUAAACUACUUGAACAUGUUCUCAGAAUGAACAACUUCAUGUUCAACGGUAAGCACUAUUUGCAGAUAAGUGGCACCGCUAUGGGAACCAAGAUGGCUCCAUCAUAUGCAAAUAUUUUCAUGGGCAGACUUGAACGCAACCUACUAAACCAGUUGCCUUCCAGGCCCCUCGGUUGGUUGCGUUUCAUUGAUGACAUAGAAAUGAAGUGGACUGGCAGCCGAGAGAGUCUCGACGGCUUUAUUUCUUUCACCAAUUCGUUCCACCAUUCCAUCAAAUUCACAGUGGAAAUUUCAUGUUCAAAGAACACCUUCUUGGACACCACAUCCACUCUGAACAAUAGUGAAUUAGAGUUAAGUCUUCAUACAAAACCAACUGACUCUCACCUAUAUUUGAUGCCAUCGAGCUGCCAUCCUCCUAAUACUUUCAAAGGAGUGCCCAAAGGUUUAGCCACUAGAGUUCGUCGCAUCUGUUCAUCUACAACAGCCUUCCAAGAACAGAGCCAACUCCUGAAAACACGCCUAUGCAGAAGAGGCUAUAGGGCUGCCCCAGUGCAAUAG